CAGAGUCAAUCGCUUAGCGACUCAGAUUGAAAAACAAAAAUGGCUAACCAAGACUCCGCUCACCAAAAACCUAAAUUAGACAAUCCUCAUGGCAUGGAACCGUAUGAUCUUGGGGGCGGUGAUGACUUAGGAGCUUUGAGUAAAGAUCAACAAGAAAAAUUAAAUAAAUACAAGAUAAAGACGAGGAUAGAAAAUGAGAAGUAUCUCAGAGAGCAUCCAGAGGUUGAAUGCCUGGUCUCAGGGUUUUUACAAGAUGUUCUCACACGACGACCAGAAAAUAUCAGAGAAUUUGCUGCUGACCACUUUACUGAUCCCGAUCUCCCUGCUGCCAUUGAGAGAAAACUGGAAGAUAGGCAACAGAGAAUUAAACAGAACCGAUUCCUGCAAAAAGUGUAGAUCUAUUAAGCCUUGUUCUGAGAAAACUGGGCUUAAUGCAUGUGCGUAAAGUGUCAUCCCAGAUUAGCCUGUGCAAUCUGCACAGGCUAUUCAGGGACACCACUUUCCGCCUAAAUUGGAUUUUUAACUUAGAAGAGACUUCAUUUUAAUAAAAAAUGUCAUAAAAGCGGAAAGUGCCAUCCCUGAUUAGCCUGUGGGGACUGCAUAGGCUAAUCUGGGACGUCAAUUUAUGCACAUGCAUUAAGACCAGUUUUAUCAGAACACGACACUAUUAUUCACUCAGAGAUAUUCUUACUUUUGAUAAUAACUACAUCAACCAUUAAACUUUUUAGUAAAUGAAACAAAAUUGUCAAGUUUUUUUUUUUUGUAAUGAACCUAUACAUUAACAGUUUAAAUUUAGUGGAGAUUACUUGUAGUUAAUAUGGAAACUUGGGUUUCACAUUUUGAUGGUAUUUUAACUACAUUUAUUAUUUUCUAUUUAGAUUAGAUAACUGUAAUGUGAUACUGUGUUAUUUAUAAUUCAAUGUUUUCCCGUGUAUGUAAGAUAUUUUGUGUAUUACUAUAGUAAAGUUUUAUUUUUACCUGUUUAAUUAUUUAUUUAAACUUGUCUUUGCUUCAUUUAUAUUGUUUUAAAUUUUUUAAUUGUGCAAGAUACAUUGUAAAACAAUAUAUUUAUUUUUGAAAUACCAGUAAAGCAAAUGAAUAAAUUUAGAAAUACAUGUGUGUGUCUAUACAACUCAAUAUUUAUCAAAUUACUGCAAUUCCUAAAAUGUAUGACAAAAACUCAAACAUUUAUUCUUAGCCUGAUAUUGUUGAUAUUCAACAACUUUGUAUACAAUCAUAAUACAAUGUCAAUAAAAAACAGGUAGAACCAUG